AUGGACGUGCAAGCGGAAUUUGCGGGGAAAGAGACUGGCGGAACAGCGGCGGACAGCGAAACUGGCGGAGCACGCAAGCCGCAGACGGAGUGGCGGGGGGAGGGGAAGGAGAAUGCGGAAGGGAGAAGGGACUGGUGGGCUGAGGAAUGGGGCGACGACAGUGGAUUCGGUGACGAGUCUGAGGGGGAGGAGUGGGAAGGAGAGGGUUGGGAGCGAGGAGAGGGAGAAAGUCGGGGAGAAUUUGAGAGUGAUGGGGUGGGAGAGAGUGAGAAAGAAGGGCAGCAGGAUGUGAGGAGAGGAGGUGGGAGGAGCAGCAGUGGGUGGAGGAGGCGAGAGCUGGUGGAAGGGUGGGUGGAGGGACCUGACGAGUCAGCAGAUUUGGCGUUUAGCUGGGUGAACGAGGCUGGGCGGCAGGAGGAUCUGAUCUCACCAGCAGCCAAGCGGUACCAGUGGGUCCUCGACCGUCUCUGCGACGCCUUUGAAUGCGCCACAGACCAGCUCACCGUCACCUCGCUCACGCUCCCCCUCCCCCUCCUGGAAGCCGACGACCUCGUCCUGCACGGCCUCUUCGACACCUCCCCGGUCCUCACCGUCUUCACGGGGUCCUUUUUCGACAAGUUCUGGCGCGGGGACAAGCGCGUGUACCGCUGCGUGCUCGCCGCGUUCCGCUGCGCCACCAUCUGGUGCGUGCACGCGCAGACGCUCGCGCUGCUGCUGCCCAACGGCCCGUCUGCUCGUCUGGAGCGCGAGCUCGAUAAGGGCCUCUGGUCCAUCCGCCCGCUCCCGCUGGUGCAGCAGCCGGAAGGAGGGGAGGGGGCGGGAGUGGGAGUGGGAGGAGGAAGGGUGGGGAUGGGGAUGGGUGAGGAGGAGGAGGAGGAGCAUUGGGAGAUGGAGAAGGUGCCGCCAGGGCAGGUGGUGCGGAUGCAGUUUGACAUGGCCCUGCACGUGCGAGGGCGCCCCAGCAAAGUGGAGCUGGGAUGCGCGAACGGAGACCUCUCUUGUCUGCAACUGCAGCAGCAGCAGCAGCGGGAGCAGCAAGAGCGGGAGCAGCAGGAGCUAGUGGCGAGCCUGCUGCGCCCCUCGCGCUGGCACUGCAUCGUUCGCCUCGCCCAGUUCCUGCGCAUGAAGAAAGCCGCCGCUCUACUCUCUUCUGCUGCUUCUGUUGAUGCGGCUGCUGAUAGUGCGGGUGGUGGGGAUGCCACUGCUAGUGCUUCCGCUGCGGCAGAAGAAGCAGGAGGAACAGCAGCAGCAGCAGCAGCAGCAGCAGCCGCUGGUGCUGGUACCAGCGCCAGUCCCCCUGACCCUUCAAACGCCUCCUCCCGUGGUUUGAGCCAAACCACAAGCCCUGCACCUGCUGUCUCCCUUCCCAAUCAGUCCUUCCCAGCCUCUGCCCCCCAUGCUGCACCCCCCACUCUCUCUCCAACCAGCACAGACGAAGUCCGGCCAGCCAUGGUUAAAUUCCUGCGCCCGUUCGGGCGAGUCUUCUUCUCCAACGCGCCGGCCAUCCACCUGUCCAAGUCCCUGUCCCAGGGCAGCCACCUGAGCACGCUGGGCGACUUUCUGAUGCUGAGUAAACCGUCGGUGGUGGUGAGCUUCACGCGGUAUAUCAGCACUUUUGCCAUGUUUGCCGCCAUGCUGGGGAAUGGCACGCUCGUGGCGCAGCCUGAGUCGGAGAGUAACUGCCGGUUUGUUGUGGAGCACUUGGCGCAGAUGCCCCCUGAUCUCACCUGA